GCCGCCCCAUAUAAAGGCGCGGCCGGCCUUGCCCCCGGGACUCGGCCUCAUGGAGACGCCACCGGUCGCCGCUGGCGCACGGCGGGUAGGAGCUGUGGCGCGGUGCCUUCCAGGAGUCUGAGCUAUGAGUGGCCCCUGUGGAGAGAAGCCUGUCCUGGAAGCCAGCCCCACCAUGAGUCUGUGGGAAUUUGAGGACAGCCACAGCCGUCAGGGCACCCCCAGGCUGGCUCAAGAGCCGGUCGCUGAGGAGGCCUCGGCUGUGGAACUGCAGAUGAAGGUGGACUUUUUCCGGAAGCUGGGCUAUUCAUCCACGGAGAUCCACAGCGUCCUGCAGAAGCUGGGCGUCCAGGCAGACACCAACACGGUGCUGGGCGAGCUGGUGAAACACGGGACAGCCACCGAGCGGGAGCGCCAGGCCUCACCGGACUCCUGCCCUCAGCUCCCUCUAGUCCCGCGGGGUGGUGGCACCCCUAAGGCUCCCAACCUGGAGCCUCCACUCCCAGAAGAGGACAAGGAGGGCAGCGACCUGAGACCAGUGGUCAUCGAUGGGAGCAACGUGGCCAUGAGCCAUGGGAACAAGGAGGUCUUCUCCUGCCGGGGCAUCCUGCUGGCGGUGAACUGGUUUCUGGAGCGGGGCCACACAGACAUCACAGUGUUUGUGCCAUCCUGGAGGAAGGAGCAGCCUCGGCCCGAUGUGCCCAUCACAGACCAGCACAUCCUGCGGGAACUGGAGAAGAAGAAGAUCCUGGUAUUCACACCAUCGCGACGCGUGGGUGGCAAGCGGGUGGUGUGCUAUGACGACAGAUUCAUUGUGAAGCUGGCCUACGAGUCUGACGGGAUCGUGGUUUCCAACGACACAUACCGCGACCUCCAAGGCGAGCGGCAGGAGUGGAAGCGCUUCAUCGAGGAGCGGCUGCUCAUGUACUCCUUCGUCAAUGACAAGUUUAUGCCCCCUGAUGACCCACUGGGCCGGCACGGGCCCAGCCUGGACAACUUCCUGCGUAAGAAGCCACUCACUUUGGAGCACAGGAAGCAGCCGUGUCCCUAUGGUAUGGAACCCAGCCUGCCCUCCCCGGCCCUCCUCACUCUGCCCUUCCUCUCACCUGUCUGCCUGUGCCUUGUUUUCCUCUUGGGGACCUCCACCAUUGGACCACCCAACCCCAUUUCCUGUGCCACCCCUUCCUUGCUUUCACCCCUGGUUCUGAAGUGCCCCUGCUUAGAGUCCCUCUUGAUUCCUCUUCCAGGGAGGAAAUGCACCUAUGGGAUCAAGUGCCGAUUCUUCCACCCAGAGCGGCCGAGCUGCCCCCAGCGCUCUGUGGCAGAUGAGCUCCGCGCCAAUGCUCUCCUCUCACCCCCCAGGGCCCCAAGCAAGGACAAAAGUGGCCAGCGGCCUUCACCUUCAUCCCAGUCCAGCUCUCUGCUAACAGAGAGUGAGCAAUGCAGCCUGGAUGGGAAGAAGCUGGGGGCCCAGGCAUCCCCAGGGCCCCACCAAGAGGGUCUAACACAGGCCUAUGCCCCAUCAGGCAGGAGCCUCGCACCUAGCGGGGGCAGUGGCAGCAGCUUCGGGCCCACAGACUGGCUCCCGCAGACCCUGGACUCGCUCCCGUACGUCUCCCAGGAUCGCCUGGACUCAGGCAUUGGCUCCCUGGAGAGCCAGAUGUCGGAACUUUGGGGGGUUCGAGGAGGAGGCCCUGGUGAGCCGGGCCCACCCCGAGCCCCUUACACGGGCUACAGUCCCUAUGGAUCCGAGCUCCCAGCCACUGCGGCCUUCUCUGCCUUUGGCCGGGCCAUGGGUGCUGGCCACUUCAGUGUCCCUGCCGACUACCCGCCCCCGCCCCCUGCCUUUCCGCCUCGAGAGUACUGGUCUGAACCGUACCCACUGCCCCCACCCACACCAGUCCUUCAGGAGCCCCCAGUGCAGAGCCCAGGGGCUGGCAGGAGCCCAUGGGGCAGGGCAGGCAGGCUGGCCAAGGAGCAGGCCAGCGUGUAUACCAAGCUAUGUGGUGUGUUUCCCCCGCACCUGGUGGAGGCUGUGAUGGGGCGCUUCCCGCAGCUCCUGGACCCCCAGCAGCUGGCUGCCGAGAUCCUCUCCUACAAGUCCCAGCACCCCAGUGAGUAAGCUGCCUGUGGCUGGCAAGGGCAGCACCCUCAGUCUCCAAGGGCCGUCAGGCUGGGCCUUAGGCCAUAGAGUAGCCCAUUCCCAGCCCUGAGGCCCACCCCGGAGGCUGGACAGAGGGAGGAUUCAAGUCGGGAAGGAAACCCACAAACCAAAGAUACUGUAGGAUUGGUUCUGGCCCAUGCAGCACCUCUAGCUGUCUGCCUCAGUGGGUCAGAAGCGAUCACCCUGUUGAUACACAUUGUAUCUCUGUAGUUUAAGGAGACGCUGCCGGUAACGGCGUCGGUCCGUGGCUGAGGCCCAAACCGUCUUUUCUCUCAGAGGGUGGGGAGGGAGGUGGGGGCAGCAGAGGCCUGGGCUGGGUGCUCUGUGCACGCCACCCCACUUCCGCCCUACCCCUGGGACGUUGGCCUUGGCUGGCUAGUUGGGCACCGUGUGCCUGCCCUCCAAGGGCCUCCUCUACGCCAAUGAGGCCUCAUCUGUGCUCUCGUUGGGCACGUACGUGGCUUCAUGUCAGUAAGCAAGAUGCUUCUUAAUAACCCACCUUCUGCCCCACUCUGUUCCUUAUCCUGCUGCCCCUGUAGGGGUCAAGGGCCCUCUGUCUACACCCUCUCCUCUUCCAUCCUCUAUUCAGAGUCAUCUCGCCCUUCCCCACAGGUAGGGGAACCUGUGUAUGUUUGUGUACACAUGUAAAUUGUAAAUAUUUUAAGCAGAAAGUCCUUACCUCCUGUAACACAUCAAUAAAGUACAAUCAUUGUGGGCCCUUUCAA